CAGCACUGAAAAUUGCACAAAUUUACCAACGCUGAUUCGGAAUGCAUACAAAUUUUGUGUAAACGUUUAAGUACGGUAAAUAUAGCAAUUUGGUGACAAGGAGGUGCUGAGUAUGUAUAACGGGAUUGGUCUGACGACCCCUCGCGGGUCGGGUACCAACGGACACGUGCAGCGGAAUUGGGCAUUUGUUAGGCCGGGCAAAAAAGACAAGGACUAUCGUGCCGAAGAUGACACCAAAAAACUGGACGCUCAGCUUAAUCGGCCGCCCAACAAGGAGAUUUUAGACCACGACCGCAAGCGCAAGAUUGAAGUAAAGUGCAUUGAAUUUGAGGAAAUAUUGGAAAAACAGGGACGGACCCCGGAGGAGAUCAAAGCGCAAGUAGACUCGUAUCGUCAAAAAUUGAUGGGCCAGGGUAAAACUGAUGUGGCAAAGGAUGAAUUUGGACGAGUAGCCAAUUCAACCCCAACAAACUCUCCAAACGCACCAGCCAUGCUCUCUUCAGAAAUCUACACAAACACAACCACAGCGACAGCCACAGCAAUGGCAACGGCAACAGCCACCUCCACCACCACCACGCUACAUGUGGUUAAGGCAAAGAAGCGGCGUAAGCGCCGCAAACGCGCAGGACACGCAAACAUAUGCCCCGCCUAUGGCAAGGACCUUGUCGGCAAUAGCUCCAAUUGUAUGGCUGCCACAGCUGCUGCUGUUGCCGCAACUGCUGCCACUACAAUAAGCGGCAGUGGUAGGAAAUGCAAGUCCCAGUACUUUCAGCACGACAAUCGUAAUUAUAUAGCCAACUACGAGAGCUUCCAUUUUACGGCACAAACGUCAACGGCUGCGGCACUUAACUAUGCGGCUGUGGCCAAGAAGUUUAAACCAUUGCGGCCGGUGUUGGCAAGCGGCGCCAAGAAAACCAGGCGCACAGCAUUAAUGCGUAAGACGAAUAACGAAUGCGCCUGCGUGUGCCAGGAAGCGACUAUGACGCAAUGCCCGCAGGAGGCAGCGCCCAGGCAGCAAACAGCUGAUGCCAGCCAAAGGGAGCUGACAGCUAUGACGGCUGACAAGCGAAAAAGGAAAAUCAAUAUAAACGACAAGGCACUGCCGGCACUAUUAGAGCUACUCAAGCAAUCAUCAAGCACGUGGCUGGAAAAGCUGCUGCUUGGCGCUGGCAGUGCGGCUAUGGCGAGUGCGCGCGAUACACAUCAAAAAGCCGAAGCUCAACUGCAGAAGAACGCAAAGUUGCGAGAAGCUUUCAACAUAUCGGAGUUCUUUGUGGAGGGCAGCAGUUUCGAUAGCGAUCGCAAGGCCAAGGAGGAUUUGCUCAAAAGCGUCGCUUUACAAAAGGAACUGGACGCUCAGCGUGAAAGCCUGGCAGCAGCCGCUGCAGGCAAGGACAAGGAGACAGGCAAACGUUAUGCGCUAUUGCGCACACCCUCGCGAGAGCGAGAUGUGGCCAAAGGUGCUGACAAGCCGGAUGCUGUGGCUCAUAGCGAUGAAGAGCGCAAGUCCGAUAAAAAGAAGAAAAAGAAGCGCACCAGGGAAAGUUCCGCCAGUCCUGAACGCAAAAAGGACAAGAAGAAAAAAUCAAAGAAACACAAGAAAGAUAGUAAAUCGAAAUCGAAGAAAUCUCGCAAGCGCAAGUACAGCGGCAGCGACAGCGGCGAUAGCGACAAGGACAGCGAUGAUGAUGAUGCCAGCAGCGAUGCGGAGCGUGAAACGAAGAGUGCACGCAAGAAAGCCAAAAAGGAUAAGAAAAAACGCAAUAAAAAGCUUAAGAAGAAGCUUCGCACACGCGCCAGCUCAACGGACUCGGCGCGUUCAAACUCUCCUGCACGCAAGGACAAAAAGUCAUCGAAGACUGACAAAGCGGCUGAGACCAAUGAUAAGCGAGGUCGUUCGCCAGAGCGACGCAAGGAGACCAAAUCACAUCGCAAUGAUUCUUCGACGGACAGUCGCAAGGAGAAGCGACAGCGCAGCGUCAGUGGCAGCCGACGCCGCAAAUCAGCUCCCACACGUACACCACCGCGUCGUGAAACAGAGAAAACUAGAGAACGAUCCAAAGAGCGCCAGCGUUCAAAGGAGCGACGCAGACAACGUUCACGCUCCAAGCAGCGGCAGCGUUCCAACGAUAGGCAGCGUCCACAGUCCAAGGAACGCCAGAAACCCAAAGAACGUGCACGUGAAAGGCAGCGCUCUAAGGAAAGGCAACGCUCUAGAGACAAACAACGUUCCAAGGAACGACUGCGCUCCAAGGAAAGACUACGCUCAAAGGAAAGACUGCGCUCUAAGGACAAACAACGCUCGAAAGAACGCGUGCGUUCCAAGGAGCGACAACGUUCGCGCGAUAGGCAGCGCUCUAAGGAGCGUCAGCAGCAAAGUCGUCGUCGCGAUCAACGCUCAGCUUCGCGGGACAAACGCAAAUCUGUGCGUUCUCGUUCACGCUCGCCGCACAAGCGUAAAGCUGCCUCGCCAGCCAACAGACGUAGUCGUUCCGUUGAGAAGAAGUCCGCAACUGCAGCGCCUGCUUUUAAUCCUUUUAAGGCAGCCGAAGACACUGUCAAUGACAUACUGAGCACCAAGUCGGUUAUUGUAGAGCUUGAGCAGACGAAACGCAAGCGUUCCGGCUCCAGCUCCAGUUCGUCCUCUGGCAGCAGCUCCAGUGGUGGCUCCAGCCAAAGCGAAGCAGGCACGCCAACGCCCAGAAAGGAGCGCCAACGCAGUCAAACACCCGAACAAGUCAAACGCGAACGUCGCAGUCCGCGCAAGAGCAGCGUAGUGAUGCAUGAACGCUCAGGGACGCCACCCAAGUCCAAAGUUAAGAAAGAAAAAUAUAAUACACCGAGUCCGCGUGUCAGCGUGCGCCGCUCGGGCAGCUCCCAUUCAUCAGAGCUGCGCUAUUCACCAGCUGAACGGCAUCCGGAGCGCUACCAAGACAUUGUAACAGACAAGAAGCGGCAGCAGUCCAAAGCGCGAGAGCAGAUUGCGCAAAAGCCAACGCCUGUGGUGCGACUGCGUGCGCAGAGCGAUGAUUGCAGCGAUGCUGAGCCUAGCGCUGCUGCUGCCUUGGACCAAUUUCAGCAGAGCAACCGUGAGCAAGAAGAAUUGCAGGAACUGCGCAUGCUGGAACAGCUGAAGUCGGGCAUUGCGGCUAAGGCAAAGCAGAAAAUCAAAACUAUGGAGAAGAAUGGUGAUGCCAAGGAUGCCGAGGGUAGCGAAGUAAGUGGCGAUACUCUGGUGCUGGCGACCAAACGUAAUUCGCUAAAUGAUUUUCUUGUUGCUAACAAUGUAACCGCUUUAAUUAAUAACCCACUGACAACGCCAACAACAAGUGCAAUAACAACAACAGCAGCAGCAACAACAACACCGCCACCUGUGACGGCGCUUACGCAGGCUGCAGCUGAGGCAAACAAAAGGGACGCGCAUACGCCACCCAUUUGCAAGGUGCCCCAAGUGGCUGCAAAUGGGGACGCCAAGAGUCCAACAGUGCCCCCGGCUGCAGCGACAGCUGUAGCACCAACAGUUACAGCAACUGCAACAAGCAUAACAACAACAACAACAACAGCAACAACUAAAUACCAUCAGAGGCAACAACAUAUGCAUAUGCCACAUACAAAGCGUGUCUUUCACAAUCGCACGCUGAAUAACAAUCCCAACAGUAGACAUCAUACUAACAAUAUUAACAACAAUCAUAACAAUCAUAGCAAUCAUAACAAUGCAUGUGGUGCACCCGGUGGUGGUGGUGCUGGUGGUGGUGGUCCUCCUCAUACAAAUUCCAACGCGUUGCCCUUUCUUGCCGGCACGCCGGGCACAUAUAAUCGCACGACAAAUCGCCUCAAUCAUGGUCCGCUGCUGACGGCCACGCAUUACAACAUUUGCAAAAAUCAGCAAAGCAACAACAGCGCGAUUAAUGGCUUGACGCCGUUGCUAAAUCGAAGGGAUCAGCAGCAGCAUUUAGCGCGUAGUUUAAGCAUGUACAAUUCUAGUCUUUAUGGUCAUGGGCCACAGCAUGCGCUGCUGUCCGCUGGCGGCGGCGGCGGUGGCGCUGCUGCCAGUAGCCAUCAUAUGCAUCAUGCCCGCCAGGGGCUCUUGUCACUUGCUGGCACUAGUGGCUCCAAUGCUGCAGCAGCAGCUGCUGCGGCGGGUCUGGCACUGCUGGGUCAUCCGGCCGGUGGCAUUAGUUUCAAUGCAGCUGCAGCGGCGGCGGCCGUAGCGGCCAAUAGUAUUAGCUAUCAUCAUCAUCAGACACAGAAACCCAAAAUUCUUAUAAAACCGUUCAAAAUUCACGAUCCACAGCCUUUAGUUGCGGCACUAGCAGACAGCACGCUGGUGGAUGCCAUUGUCUCCAAGGUAUCAACGGCCACGGUGGCAGCGGCUGAGAGCGCAGCACGACGUAGUCGCAGUCGUUCGCGACGCAGCAGUCACAGUCGUAGCAAGCGGCGCACGAGCAGCGGUCAUCAUCAUCGUCGCUCCAGCAGCCGUUCCAGAUCACGCUACAGUUCUGGCAGCAGUCGCAGCGGUUCGGGCAGCUCUAGAUCACGCUCUGGCUCACAUUCAUCACGCUCUAGCUGCUCAUCGCGCAGCAGCUCCGCUAGCUCCUCGGGCAGUGGCUCGGCCUCAUCACAAUCUGGUUCACGUUCACCCUCCAUACCGCGUCGACGUGGCUCGCCCAGCUUUUUGGACAGGCGUCGCAUCACUAGCGCGCGCAAGCGUCCCAUACCUUAUCAUCAUAAGAGCGGCGACGGCGUUAAUAAUGGCGAUGCUGAUGACCUUGGUGACAAUGACGUCUCCAGCUGCUGCUCCAGCUGCUUUAGUCGUGCCAGCUCUCCUGGCACGCCCACCGCAGGUACACCGUUGCACAGUAGCCCCUCGGCUAUGGCUUUUUGAGUGUUAAGCGCGUCGCUGCGCAAAAUGCGCGGCGAAAUCUAGUCAGACAUGCAAAUAGUCCUAUAAAUAUGAGCCAUAUGCUUUGCUUUAGUCUCAACUUUGGUACCAAUGUUCUUCUCUAGGCCUUUCUCUUUGAAUUUAGUAGCUAAAUCACGACCACAAUAAUAUAUGUACUCCACUCAGUAAUUAGUUUUUAAGCUGCGUUUUUAAAUAAAUAUUAUUUGUUGCCA